CGUCCGCUCGCGUCAAAACGUGGUCUCGUCGCUGAUCGCUCGCUUUAGUUUCGUCGCAAAGCGCGUUCGGUGCGGUCGCAAGCGCGCGCGCCCUCUGCACGACAUUGGACUGAAACUCACGCACGAUAUUCGAACUAAUGUGUAUUUGGUAAAGGACAAAAAAUAUUUUAUGAAACAAAAUGUGUAAGACGGAGAUUCUACUCGCCGUCGUCGCUUUAUCCAUCGGCCUAGUUAACUCAUGGGAUAUUGCCAUCACCAAUGGGGACCAACUAGAGUUCUACAGUAACCAAACCAAAACAAGCAGCGAAGGCACCCGCUUUAGGGACCUUACGGCUUUAGCGUAUGAUGCUGUCCACAACAUGCUGCUCUUCGUCGACAAGGAGAAUGACAACGCAUCCAUAUUCAGCUUCCACUUAGCAACAAAGAAGUACCAGUCACUAGUCAGGAGGAGGUCGUACGAGAACAUCCAAGGUCUGGCCUUCGAUCCCGUCAAAGGAAUGCUUUUCUGGACUGACACAAACGCAAAGAGCAUAUUCUGGAUGUCGCUGAUGCUAGGCACCAAAAACGAUGUCUAUGGAAACCUUUUGAUCAAAAUGAACGAUGAGAUUCCAAGAGCAAUUGCCGUCGAUAGCUGUCGAGGAUACAUUUACUGGACAAACACAAACAUUACAAAUCCAACGAUAGAAAGAUCCAGAUUUGAUGGUUCUGAAAGGGAGGUCAUUGUCAACACUGAUAUCUACAUGCCAGUCAGCAUAGCCAUCGACCAGGGAACUAAGAGACUAUAUUGGGCAGAUGACAAAGAGGGCAUACACUUUUCCAUAGAAAGUUCCAACCUUGAAGGAAAGGACAGGCAGACAUUGCUAAGGGGCGUUCAACAUCAACCAAAUGCUUUAACAGUGUCAAAAGACUCGAUCUACUGGGUCGAUUUAUACAAGAAAAUCUGGAAAUUGGCAAAGGACAAAAAUAACGCUGAACCUUUCGAACUGCUCAGUUUCUCACAUAAAGCGCCUUUUGGGGUUAUUGCGAAUUACCAGGUUUCUAAUGAAAUUGAAGGCAUCCCUGAGUGUGACGCUUUGUCCAGAAUGUCCAAAAAUAAAACAGCGAUCAACGAUUCUUUCAACAUUCCCAAGGACCGGGGGCUGUUCUGUCUCUAUGGUGUCAAGGUUGAGGGGAAACUGGCUUGUAAAUGUUCCCCGGGGUACAUAGGGGACCGCUGUGAAAUAUCAGUCUGUAGCAAUUACUGCCUACAAGGCGAUUGCAGUCUUACUCCAGGAGGUGAACCUACGUGCAGCUGCAAGCACGGAUACAAAGGAGAGAAGUGUGAAGUUGACGUCUGCAGCCAGUACUGUUUGAACAAUGGUGUAUGCACCGUCAACAAAGAUCAGAUACCUGAAUGCCAGUGCUCUGGGGACUAUGAAGGCCAGCGGUGUGAGAUGGUGAAAGCAGCUCCAAUCCCAGCAGCAACGAAUUGCAAUUGCACUAAGGAGACUCGCUCGUUGUACCAGGCCGAGAAUUCAGUGCAGACCGAUGGGGAGUUCGUGGAGCCAUCUGAAUGUACCCAAGGGUGGGAUACAGUGAGGGAUCCAGUGAUAGUCGUGCUUGGAGUACUGUGUGGGCUGUUGUGUGUGGCCUGCACGGUGCUGAUCACAAAGGUUCUACAGCUCAAGAGAAGGCCUAGAAUAAAGAAGCGCAUCAUAGUGAACAAGAACGUGACGCCGAUGACAGCGCGGCCCGAUCAAUGCGAGAUCACUAUAGAAAACUGUUGCAACAUGAACAUCUGUGAGACUCCUUGCUUCGAACCGCGUUCCACUAUUAGACCAACCUUAGGCGAUGCCAAACCAGGGAAAGAAGAGAAGAAGAACCUUAUUGCCAACAUGGAACUACCUGAUGAGUACUAACGGUACUAAAAUUUGCUUUUCGACCAUGGUAAAUAGAGCUCUCAGCUUUCCGCCGUCACAAACUGAACUGUACUCUCCGUUGUAGCUUUUAGGCUGAUUUUAGAGUAACCGAAUUGCUAAAUUAGGGGUUAGUACAAAAUUAGUUGGAUCACCUCAUUCCGUCUAGGGCUCUAGAAUCAUGGUCGAGUUAUUACUCUUUAGGGAAUCCAAAUAAUAAUUGACGUUUACAUGAAAUAGGUUUGCUGCGAACUUUUGCACGAAGGACGCCGGACGAUAUGACAUUAAGAAUUAAGAAUAAAAUCAAAAAGAUAAUUUUAAUUUCAAAUAUUACUAUCCAGCUUUCAAAUUCCGUUGUCUUCUAGGUCUGUGUGUUGAACUCGUAUUGUUCUAAUUUUAUGGUAAUUCUGUACUAACAAAGUUCGCAUAAACCUAUUUCUAAGUACAUGUUAGGCUGAAAUAUAUGUGAUAUUUGAUAUAAAGCGACUACUAAUGGAGAACUGUGUGAGUAUCUGGCUGUGUAUACAUUGGGCUGCUAAAAUCUGAGUACAUGGAACUAGAUUUUAGGCUGGGUGUGUAGAUAAGGUAUAUCGCGGGAUAUAAUUAUAUCGAUAAAAUUUCCAUGGCCUGGCACCGGGUAGGUAUAUGUGCCUUGUAUAUUCAAUAAGCAACCAGCUUUACAUUGCUUAGAAGCAUAUUGAUCUCUAACUAUGUGGAGACUUGCCAAACCAUGUUAAUUUUAACACGAUUCUAACAUUGUGUCUAUUUUUCGUUAUUAUACCGUGCCAAAUGUCCUUGUUUUUUUUAUUGUUAGAACCGAAAGUAAACAUGCAGUGGAAUACACUUGCAUCGCGUAAAAUUCUUCGUUUAAAUGUUUAUAAAACGUCGCAAUAAUAACGAAAAAUAGUCGUGCGUUAAGUAUAUGUACUUAUGGCAUUUAAAACAAAACUAUUUAUAAAAAUAUCAGUAAAAUUAUACCAAAUUUAUACAAUAGGAUAUAAAAUUUUAUUUGUGUAAUUCAAUGUUACCAAUCAGCGUUGUGAACCUUGGUAUAUUGGUGAUAUUACAUUUAUGUAACCGUUAAAAUCACUGCUAUAUCAAACAAUAUAAAUAUCUAUUUGCAAUAUCUAGAGGCAGUCAUCUUAAAAAUAAUGGAUAUUCAUACACUACUAUUGCCGAAACUAAUCAGUUUAUCUCUUUCUAUUCAAUAAUAAAAAUACAUCUGUUAACCCAUUCGCUGCUCACUAACAAGACAAAUGAGUGUGACAUAUAUUAUAUGUAGAUUAUUUAACAGAACUACAAAUUCUUUUUUGAAGAAAAAACGUUCUGGCUAUUUUCAUUUACUAAAAAAAGAAAGAAUGGGUAAAGUUAGAUAAUAAGCUUCAAAUUACGAUGUUAUGACGCAAAAAAGAUGACGCCUCAAAGAUACAAUCUGACAAACUGUUCCUAUUCCGCAAAUUGUGUUCAAAUCACCCACAAAUCAUGAUGACAUGGUUGUUUUCGUUCAUUCUUGUCAUUUGUUCUUCCAAACAAAUGUUUUAUCAAAUCGACUUGUUGACUAGUUGUACUUGCGCGUUAGUGUGGUUGUAUGAAUAAGAAAUACUUUUAGAUGGGUAGUAGUUACAAUAGGAUUUUAAGAAUGGAUAAAAUGUCAAUGAUUUAUUUUAAUAAAGCAACACCCUACAUUUUAAAGCAAAAAGCGCUCUCAUUCAUAAAUGAAAGACGUUUGUAGCAACACGACAGUUUGCUAUUAUUUUCACAAAAGUUACCAUUUUUUAACCUCUUUAAAAUCGUUAAACGGACCAAAAUUUAAACACCAAAACAAAGCAAUAAUUUAUAAUAUGACAUUUUAUCUAUUUUGGAACUUGUUACCAUUUGUUGGGAGUAAAGGUAUGCAAAAAGUACCAACCAAUAUGUAAUAGAAUUUUAUAAUUUGUAAUUUUUUGAGCAAAUGCAAAAAAAAAAUGUUCAGACGCAGAAAUAGAAUGUUACCGAUUUUAUAUUUUAUAAAAACUAAAAGCUGUAUAAACGUAGCGUUCAGAAAAUAUUUGUUUAACCCUAAAAAAGCUGUCAUAGUGUUAAUAAUAAAAUAAUACAUGUACAAAACAUUUUGAUAAAUGCAAAAAUGUGUUUCUUAGAUAUAAAUGUCAAAAAUCCAGUUAAGUUUAAAAUUGAGUGAAGUAUGGUUGUUGUACUUGGGAUAUAAGAUGUAGUUCAUAUUUUAUUCUGGGAACAAUUUAAACAAUUUAAUGAUGAUUCCAUCACUAGAUGUUUUUUUAAUAAAUAUUAUGGUUUUUUUUCUAAUUGAUUUUUACUGCAUCUUAUAUCCAUGAGUACAGAUUUUUCUUAUUAUUUUUUAUUUUAAAUCGGUGCCUCAAGUCUCGAACUUUGAACACGCGCCAAGAAAAGUAGUUGUGUACUUUAGUUUAAGAACUCCGUUCCUAUAAUUGUAAACAUAUUUAUGAAUUAUUUCGUAGUAAUGUGCAAAAUUAAUUUUUGUCUAAGUAUUUAUUAUUUAAUCGACCCAAUGUUGUGAAAACUAAAUUAUUUGAUACUUAACAUUAUUGUAAACCGCCCAUUGGUACUUAGACUUUGUAGAAUCUCAAACGACAAAAUGUACUUAUCCAUUCAAAAUGUAUACAAAAUUUUAUUUAUGCAAAAAGCGUUU